UUUACGUGCCAGACAUGGGAGGGGCUGCACCUUGGUUAUGCAUGUCAAAUAAAUUUCAAAAGUGAAAGUAUUUCAAUACUUUCGAAAAAAGGUCUCGGCUGAAAAACGAAUACAUAAUCUCUCUUUUUGAAGAAAAUAAUUUUCUCUUUGUCUUGGGAAGAUUUCCAAGAAAGAGAACAAGCUACUUCUAGCUUAGAAUUUUUUAAAAAAUGAAUUCACCUCUGUCUUUGCAGAUAAAGUGCUCAAUAUGUUUGAAUGAUUUUACUGACUCUUGUGAGCACUCAUUCUCCCGACAAUGAAUCACAGGCCACAUGCAGGCCAGCCUGGGACCAAACACCUGUCCAGAACACAAAAGUCCUUAUAACGAAGAAGAUUUUAGUCAUCUACUGGUGAGGAACAUGACUUCAGCAGUGAGAGAGCACCUCACUGCAGAACAGAAGUCAGACCACACAGAGAGUCCCACAUCUAAAGAUGGAACACAACCUUUAAAGCCUCCAGAAAUGAUGUUAUGUUCUGAGCACGAUGAGAAGCUUAAACUGUUCUGUGAGACUGAUCAAAAAAUGGUUGUCAUCUGCAGAGAUGGAGACAAACAUCAAGGACACAUUUUUAAACCAAUGAUGGAGGCUACACAGAUCAACAAGGGGGAGCUGAAGUCUGCUUUGGGUUUUCUUGCCAAAGAAAAUGGGCAGCUGGAUAACAUGAUACAACAACAGACAACAGAGAUAACCAAAUCAGAGGAGAAAUCCAAACACUUUUCAGUGCAGAUCUCUGCUCAGUUUGAAGAAAUGCACCAAUUCUUGAGACAGAGAGAGGAGGACGUGAAGAAACAGUUGGAGAGGGAAGCGAAGAGCAUUACUAAAGCCAUGCAGAAGAACCUGUCUCUAAUAGAUACAAGAUUUAUGGAGAGCAAAGAGAAGGGUGCUAUUCUGCAGUCAGCCCUGGAGAUUGAUCAACCAGAUCACUUUAGAUAACAUAUAGUUCUAUUUUUUUUUUAAAGGAUGUUGCUGACUCUAACACAUUGUGUUGUUUGGUAGAAUUCAUAAGUAGGAUGAUCUGUAAAAAGGAAUGUCAAUCAAAGUUUUAAGUUUUAACAAUAUAUAUACACUAUAUGGCCAAAGGUUUGUGGACACCAUAUGUGCUUGAUGAACCUUCAAUUUCAAAACCAUAGGCAUCAAUUUCCCCCUUUGGUGCAAUAACAACAUCCACUCUUCUGGGAAGGCUUUCCACUAUACUGUAUGUAGUAACAUGGCUGCAGGGAUUUGCUCCCAUUCAGACACAAGUGCAUCACUGAGGUUCGGCACUGAUGUUGGGCAAUGGGACCUGGCUUUCUGUUGCCAUUGCAGUUCACCCCAAAGGUGUUCAGUGGGGUUCAGGUCUGGGCUUUGCGCAGGCCAGUCAAUUUCUUUCACAUCAGACACAGUAAACCAUUUCUUUAUGGACUUUGCUUUGUGCACAGGGGCAUUUUCAUGCUGGAAUAGAAAAGGGCUCUCCCCAAACUGUUGCCAUAAAGUUGGAAGCACCGAAUGCCCUAGAAUGCCAUUGUUUGGAGUAGAAUUAUGAUUUAUCUUCACUGGUAUUAAAAGAGUAACCAAACUCUUUAAUUAGAAGGGGGUGUCCACAAACUUUUGGCCAUAUAGUGUAUAUAUAUAUAUACAGUGCUGUGAAAAUAUAUUUCUGCUAUUUUGUGUAUUUUUCAUACUAAAUUGUUUUAGAUCUUCAAACGAGAUAUAACAUACAGUUGAAGUCAGAAGUUUACAUACACCUUAGCCAAAUACAUUUAAACUCAGUUUUUCACAGUUCCUGACAUUUAAUCGUAGAAAACAUUCCCUGUGUUAGGUCAGUUAGGAUCACUACUUUAUUUUAAGAACGUGAAAAGUCAGAAUAAUAGUAGAGCGUAUGACUUAUUUCAGCUUUUAUUUCUUUCAUCACAUUCCCAGUGGGUCAGAAGUUUACAUACAAUUUGGAAUUUUGGCACAUUCCUCCAGACAGAACUGGUGUAACUGAGUCAGGUUUGUAGGCCUCUUUGCUCGCACAUGCUUUUUUUUCAGUUCUGUCCACAAAUUUUCUGUCGGAUUGAGAUCAAGGCUUUGUGAUGCCCACUCUAGUACCUUGACUUUGUUGUCCUUAAGCCAUUUUGCCACAACUUUGGAGGUAUGCUUGCCCAUUUGCGACUGAGCUUUAACUUCCUGGCUGAUGUCUUGAGAUUUUGCUUCAAUAUAUCUACAUAAUUUUCCUUCCUCAUGAUGCCAUCUAUUUUGUGAAGUGCACCAGCCCCUCCUGCAGCAAAGCACCCCCACAACAUGAGGCUGCCACCCCCAUGCUUCAUGGUUGGGAUGGUGUUCUUCGGCUUGCAAGCCUCACCCUUUUUCCUCCAAACAUAACUAUGGUCAUUAUGACCAAAAAGUUCAUUCAAAUUUUUGUUUAAUCAGACCAGAGAACAUUUCUCCAAAAAGUAAGAUCUUUGUCCCCAUGUGUACUUGCAAACUGUAGUCUGGCUUUUUUAUAGCAGUUUUGGAGCAUUGGCUUCUUUCUUGUUGAGCAGCCUUUCAGGUUAUAUCGAUAUAGGACUUAUUUUACUGUGGAUAUAGAUACUUGUCUACCUGUUUCCUCCAGCAUCUUCACAAGGUCCUUUGCUGUUGUUCUGGGACUGAUUUGCACUUUUCGCACCAAACUACGUUCAUCUCAGGAGACAGAAUGCAUCUCCUUCCUGAGCAUUCCUGAGCAAAACUGCGUGGUCCCACGGUAUUUAUGUACUAUUUUUUAUACAGAUGAAUGUGGUACCUUCAGGCAUUUGGAAAUUGCUCCCAAGGAUGAACCAGACUUGUAGAUGUCCACAAUUUUUUUCUGAGGUCUUGGCUGAUUUCUUUUGAUUUUUCCAUGAUGUCAAGAAAAGAGGCACUGAGUUUGAAGGUAGGCCUUAAAAUACAUCCAAAGGUACACCUCCAAUUCAGUACACCUCCAAGCAGUAGCUAAUUGGCUAAUUGUCUAAAGGCUUGACAUAAUUUUCUGGAAUUUUCCAAGCUGCUUAAAAGCACAGUUAACUUAGUGUAACUUCUGUCCCACUGGAAUUGUGAUAUAGUCAAUUAAAAGUUAAACAAUCUGUCUGUAAACAAUCGUUGGAAUAAAUACUCGUGUCAUGCAUGACUUGCCAAAACUAUAGUUUGCUAAUAUGAAAUCUGUGGAGUGGUUAAAAAAUGAGUUUUAAUGACUUCAACCUAAGUGUCUGUAAACUUCUGACUUCAACUGUAAAACAAAAGCAACCUGAGAAAACACAAAAUUCAGUUUUCAUAUAUAUAUUUGUUAUUGAAGCAAAAACGUUAUCCAACACCUAUAUCAUCCAUGUAAAUACAAAACUGUAAUAAAAUACUUUUAUAAUACUUGUCUAUGAGGCCCCAAAUCCUUGCAGAUGGUAUAGCUGCCCAUUCGUCUUGGCAAAAUGCCUCCAGGUCAUGCAAAGUCUUUGGUUGUCUUGCAUGAACCGCACGUUUGAGAUCUCCCUAGAGUGGCUCGAUGAUAUUAAGGUCAGGAUACUGUGAUGGCCACUCCAGAACCUUCACCUUUUUCUGCUGUAACCACUGGAGGGUCAACUUGGCCUGGAGCUUAGGGUCAUUGUCAUGCUGGAAAGUCUAAGAGCGUCCCAUGCGCAGCUUUCGUGCAGAAGAAUGCAAAUUAUCUGCCAGUAUUUUCUGAUAAUAUGCUGCAUUCAUCUUGCAGCUCACACACCCCCAAAACAUCAGUUAGCCACCACCAUGCUUCACAGUGGGGAUGGUAUGCUUUUCACUAUAGGCCUUGUUGACCCCUCUCCAAACAUAGCGCUUAUGGUUGUGACCAUAAAGCUCUAUUUUGGUCUCGUCACUCCAAAUUACUGUGUGCCAGAAGCUGUGAGGCGUGUCAAGGUGUUGUCGGGCAUAUUGUAACCAGGCUUUUUUGUGGCAUUGGUGCAGUAAAGGCUUCUUUCUGGCAACUCGACCAUGCAGCUCAUUUUUGUUCAAGUAUCGUCGUAUUGUGCUCCUUGAAACAACCACACUGUCUUUUUCCAGACCAGCCUGUAUUUCUCCUGAGGUUACCUGUGGGUUUUUCUUUGUAUCCUGAACAAUUCUUCUGGCAGUUGUGGCUGAAAUCUUUCUUUGUCUACCUGACCUUGGCUUGGUAUCAAGAGAUCCCUGAAAUUUUCACUUCUUAAUAAAUGAUUGAACAGUAUUGACUGGCAUUUCAAGGCUUUUGAUAUCUUUUUAUAUCCUUUUCCAUCUUUAUAAAGUUCCAUUACCUUGUUACGCAGGUCUUUUGACAGUUAUUUUCUGCUCCCCAUGGCUCAGUAUCUAGCCUGCUCAGUACAUCCACGUGAGAGCUAACAAACUCAUUGACUAUUUAUACACACACUAAUUGCAAUUUAAAAAGCCACAGGUGUGGGAAAUUAACCUUUAAUUGCCAUUUAAACCUGUGUGUGUCACCUUGUCUGUCUGUAACAAGGCCAAACAUUCAAGAGUAUGUAAACUUUUGAUCAGGGCCUUUUGGGUGAUUUCUGUUAUCAUUAUGAUUUAAAAAGGAGCCAAACAACUAUGUGAUAAUAAAUGGUUUCAUAUGAUCACUAUCCUUAAAUAAAAGACAGUUUUUUUGCAUGAUCAGUCAUAUUUUCAAAAUCAAUGCCAAAAUUUCACUAUUUCUGCCAGGGUAUGCAAACUUUUGAGCACAGCUGUAUAUAAUGAUGACGGGGUUUUUUUUUUUGGUGAUCUGUCCCUUUGAACUUCUUGUUACAUGCUGACUUGAGCAUCUGUUUUAGGUAUAAGUCAAAGGUGAUAGAUCUUACUGUGCUCCCUUACUCUCUUUUUCUUGGCCCCCAUGAAACUCACCUGUAGUUCUUUGUGUGGAAGGAGAUGCAGGGAUCCAUUAAACCAGGUGAACAAUAUGUCAAACAUGCAUGAUGAGUUUGAAAUGCUCAACUAAAUCAGGAUUUAGUAUGCAUAAAUUAAAAUGACAUGAUCAUUAUCAGUUACAAAUACUCAAACAUUCUAUAAAUGUAAAUCAAAGAUAGAAUUCAAAACUUUAAAGGGAUAGUUCACCCAAAAAUUAAAUUAAGUCAUUGUUUACUCAUGCUUGUGUUGUUAUA